UGCAGCGCUUAAGAGCCAGCAUAUACCCCGACCAACCCCCUCUUCUUGCUGCUCGCUUUGCUGUUCUGCAUUCACUCGAUAAUGAAGUUGUCAGCCGCGGUAGCCGCUGCUCUCCCGUGUUCUGCCUUUGCUCUCGACCUCGUCAAAAGCCCCGACGGUUCCGGUGUCCUCGCGUUUCCAAUCCAGAGAACAACCAGCAGGAGCGUGCAACAUGACUUGGAUAACAUUGCUGCUCUGAAGAAGCGACGUUUACGAAGACAUCUUGAUAAACGUACCGUUACUUUGUCACUAGACAACCCGAAGAGUCAUCUGCUUUAUUGGGCUAACAUAACUAUUGGAACUCCUGCACAGAAUUUAGCUCUUCAAAUCGACACCGGAAGUUCCGACAUCUGGGUCGAAGUUGCGCAAUCAGAUUUGUGUUCACAAAGUGAUGACCCCUGCGAAGGAAACACAUACGAUAACACGACAUCGUCUUCGUACAAGUACUCGAAUUCCGACUUCGUCAUUCAGUACGGUGAUGGUAGUUAUGCAAUUGGUGAUUACGCAACUGAGACGUUUGCGAUCGGAAACGCCACCGUUACAGGACAGACGUUUGCCAUGGGUCUGAACACAACGAGUUCCCAAGGUGUUAUGGGUAUCGGAUAUGCGGCGAAUGAAGCAUAUGCCGUUUAUUACGGAUUUGAUUCGUAUCCCAACCUUGUGGAGACUAUGAAGGAUCAGGGGCUGAUCAACACCCUGAGUUAUUCCCUUUAUCUGAAUGAUCUCGAUGCAGAGACGGGCGAGAUCAUCUUUGGCGGUGUUGAUUCUGCAAAAUACACUGGGCAGUUGACAACUCUUCCUAUUGACACCAUCCCUGGUGUCGCCGCGUCGACCUUCACGGUAUCCUUGACCGGGAUGUCUCUCCUGACCCCAGGCAGUUCGUCCGCGAGUGCCGUGUCGUUGUCUACUUUCCCAAUUCCCGUGCUGCUGGAUUCCGGUUCGAGUUAUAUGGCUUUGCCUACUGCGAUCUUGGAAAGCCUUGCCAGCAGUCUCGGGGCGACGUACUCUCGACAGCUUGGAACCUACAUCUUCAAAAACUGCGAUCUCCAGAAUGAAGAUGGCUCUGUGGUGUUUUCUUUCGGAACCAAGAACAUUUCAGUCCCUUACAACGAAUUCAUCGUCAACCCGACUGAUGAGGAUGGCAAUGUUUUGACGUAUACAAACGGGCAAGAAGUCUGCCAAAUCGGUAUCAUUGCUUCUGAUGACCCCUCCGCGUACAUAUUGGGUGACACCUUCCUUCGUUCUGCUUACGUUGUCUAUGACCUCGAGAACAACGAAAUCUCGAUUGCUGAAACGGACUUCAACUCGACGGACUCCAAUGCUUUAGCUAUCACUAGCGGCACGAAUGGUGUUCCGGGUGCAACUUCAGUGUCGAGUAUCACACGGAUCACGUCUGUAGCAACUGGUAUCGCCACCCGUGUGGGAACGACUGCUGUAGGAACUAUCACUCCUACCGAUGGUUCUAGCAGUUCAGGCUCUGCUAUUGGGUUUGCGGGUUUGGCGCGCUCGAGUGUCUUUCUGGGUGUUUUCUCUGCUUUUGUGUUGGGGACUUUGGCACUAUGAAGAUGAUCGAAGCAUCAAUACAUUUUGUUCAUUGACCGUCACGGAGUAAUUCAAG